AUGAUCAGUGCUAAGAAGCUCAUCACAAUGGCAAGGAGGUGGCAAAAGGUCACCAAUAUCAAGAGAAAAAGAAUCACAUUUCCAAGAUCCACUGGAAAGGGUCACUUUGUUAUGUACACUGCUGACCAGAGACGCUUUGUGCUUCCAUUAGAGUAUCUUAACAAGGAAAUCUUCAAGGAGCUGUUCAGAAUGGCAGAAGAGGUGUUUGGGCUGCCGAGAAAUGGGCCUAUUAAGUUGCCAUGUGAUGCAGCUUCUAUGGAGUAUGUAAUUGCUAUGAUCCAACACAAUAUAGAGCAAAAUCUGGAGAAAGCAUUGGCCAUAGCCAUAGAGACGGGUUGCUGCCCAUCAUGUUCAUAUGGAGCUCCAGAUCCACCUAACCAACAAACACUAAUCUGCAGCUUUUGA